UAAUGUUCCAAACCCUCUCAUAUUUCUUAACCUAUCCCACUUUUCUUCUUGUGCACUAAUACUAAUCUUUGCCUUUCCAGCUUCUUUUUGCUUCAUAAGGCUGUAUGAUCAUCGUCCUUCUCCUCUCUCAGCCACAACCCAAUGAAAAAAUCACCGAGAACUUCUUCACCCUUCCCUGCUCUAAAGUCAUUGUCUGACAAGGUAGGAGAUGUUCUUUGUUGCGGGAGUACAAGAAACAAGUACAAAAAAUUAGAUACGAAGCUUGAAAUGAAAAUUAUGGAGGUGAAGAGAAAUUCACCAGCGCGCAACAACUUUAGAUCAGUCAAUAGCAUAAUAUUGAAAUUCCCCAUGUUCCGAGAGGGACUGAAAGAGGUCAAGGGUGUAUUUGAACAGUGUGAUGCAGAUUCUAACGGUACUAUUGACCACAAGGAACUGAGGAAAUGCUUUCAGAUAUUGAAUCUCCCACUAGAAGAAGAGGAAAUUGAUGAUCUAUUUGGUUAUUGUGAUAUGGAUGGCACUGAUGGGAUACAACUCAACGAGUUUAUCAUUAUCUUGUGUCUGGCUUAUCUCUUGUUAGAUCCUUCGACCUCUUCCCAUUCUAAAUUGGAGCUGGGCUCUCCGCAGCUUAAAUCCACAUUUGAUGCUAUAAUAGAAGCAUUUAUGUUCUUUGAUAAAAAUGGGGACGGAAAGUUGAACAAGAAAGACAUGGUCAAUGCAAUGAAUAAUGAAUCCCAGUUUGAAAGAUCUCCUACGCACAUAACAAGAACCCGUUUCAAAGAAAUGGAUUGGGAUCGAAAUGGGCAGGUCAGCUUUAGAGAAUUUCUCUUUGCUCUGAUCAAGUGGGUUGGAUUUGGUAGUGAAGAUGAAAAUCCAGUCAUCAGUUGUUCAAGAAAAUAGAAUACAGCUACCCCUGGAGUGAGGUAAACUAUCUGAGAUGCAGAUAGAUCGUUAAAUGUGUAUGAAUUCAUGUAUUUGUGUAUAUAUUUAACAGUCAUCGACUUAUCUUACUGCAACAUUGAUGAUAUGUCUUAUAUAUAGUUCAAACUAAUAAUAAUUUGAGUCCAGGAAAACUUGGUUAUGAACA